CGGUUGUUCAAGAAUACCUUCAUAUUAUGGAGAGGUUACCAGAGCAGCAACAAUUGUGGGUGCUGUGCCAACCAAUGCAAAUCCAUUGAAGUAUGCUCAGACUGGUGGAAGGCAGGAUGGCCACCUCUCUGGCAACAUUGACAGGCCACAAGGAUCGUGUGUGGAGUGUUUCGUGGAACCCAAAAGGCAAUAUUCUAUCCUCCUGUGGUUCAGACCGGUCAAUCCGGCUGUGGAACCAAGAAGGGGACACUUGGGUUAGGAAGUUCUCUGACUCACGCACGGUGCGAUGUGUGUCAUGGUCUCCAUGUGGUAAUUAUUUUGCUUCAGCCAGUUUCGAUGCCACUGUUAACAUAUGGGACUGUAAGACAGGUGAUAUUGAAUGCACGGCCACAUUGGAAGGUCAUGAGAAUGAAGUGAAAAGUGUAGCUUGGUCUGCAUCAGGUUCUCUUCUAGCAACAUGCUCAAGGGACAAGUCUGUCUGGGUUUGGGAAGUGGGUGAGGAUGAUGACUAUGAGUGUGUGUCAGUAAUGCCUUCUCAUACCCAGGAUGUGAAAAAAGUUGUAUUCCAUCCCAAUGCAGAAAUCCUUGCAUCUGGAUCUUAUGAUAACAGCAUUAAACUUUAUAGAGAGGAAAGUGAUGAUUGGGGUGUAUUCUACACAUAUGUAUGGCACAUGUCGACAGUAUGGAGCCUUGCAUUUGAUAGCAGUGGUCAUCGUCUGGCUUCUUGUUCAGAUGACCGAACCAUCCGGAUAUGGCAGGAAUAUUUGCCCGGAAACAGCGAAGGAGUAGCCACACCAGAAAAGGAACCAGUGUGGAAGUGCGUCUGUACCCUGUCAGGAUUUCACAAGCGCACUAUUUAUGAUAUAUCCUGGUGCCCACUCACAGGAGCCAUUGCGACUUGCAGUGGUGAUGACACCAUUCGCAUUUUUAAAGAACAGCCUAAUUCUGAUAAGAAUGCUCCAGUCUUUGAUUUGAUUUUGACAAUGCCGCAGGCCCAUUCAGAGGAUGUGAACAGUGUGCAAUGGAAUCCUACAGUUCUUGGAUUGCUAGCAUCAUGUAGUGAUGAUGGAUCUGUAAAAUUAUGGGAUUUCAGCAAGAUAUUUUAAUCUGUGUAAGACUUGCCUGAAAUUGUUAUACUGGUUAAAAGUAGUGCAUAUAACACAUUACUGAAAAAAAGUAUUCAGUUUUCUUUGCAUGCACCAUUAAAACCUGUUUUGACUUUAUUCACUGACAAUGAAGGAGAGCUUUUACUCAGAAUUCAUUGGAAACUACUUUUAGUAGUGCACAGAAAGAUUGGCUUUGUUUCAAGUUUAUUAUUAUUAAUUACCAAUUUGUAUAUGAGCUUGUAGUGUUGUAGUACAGGUGUAAAUAAAGAUAAUCAGACUUUA